AUGUUCUCUCCCAAGCCUGGGACAACGAUCCACGGCCCUGCUAUCACCGUGAAAAUGGUGAGGACCAACAGCCCCGGCGCAUUCCCACCGGUGCACUUCGCAGACGCCAACAAGGAAGGCCACAUCAUGUACAUCCAACAGCCCGAGGAUCUUCCUUCCGCCUGUUGGGGUGGACUUAUGUCUACGCGAGCACACAAGCUGGGCGCGCUCGGCGUGAUCAUUGACGGCCGGAUGAGAGAUAUCCAGGAGCACCGAGACAUCGGAUUUCCAGUCUUCGCGCGUGGUACCUCCGUCCUCGGAUCCAAUACCUUCACCCGUGCGUCUGAAAUCAAUGUCCCUUUGCAGUUCCGUGGCGAUCUUUGGAUCCAUCCGAAUGAUAUCAUGGUCGGGGAUGAGAAUGGCGUUGUGGCAGUUCCUCCAUCUUUGGUGGAGCAGGUUGUGCAGCUGUGCCAGGAGCGAAUGGAGAUUGAUGAAAACACACUUGCCGCUUUGCGAGCGGGUGAGCCGAUGGGUCCGACUAUCAAGCGACUUCGCAAGUAG